GAUAGCAGCAACAUGGCAGCCUCCAUGAGAGAUGUGUUAACCCGGUUAACCGCAUGCAGAGUAGCUGGUUCUGUAUUCUGUGCUGGUAGUUCAUCGUGUAAUUGUGUUCUUUGGUUACGUGCGAAAAGCUCUCUCAACUCCAGAAUAAGUGUGAAGCAUCCGUCCAUCGCGAAGCAUGACCGAGACAUCAAACAGUGAGUUGAGAGGCCACUACGCGCGGACGCUCACGCAAGAGGAAGCUGCCAAGCUCGCGAAAGACACGGUUUUGGUUUCCGAGUUCAAGAGAUUGAAGCUCGAAGCCGAAGCUCAGAAAAACUGGGACCUCUUCUACAAGCGAAACGAAACUCGCUUCUUCAAGGACAGGCACUGGACCAAGCGAGAGUUCGAGGAACUGGCCGCCGUCGGUUCAGACGUGCCGAGUGUUUCGCAUAACGGGACGCCGGUGCUGCUGGAAAUCGGUUGCGGUGUCGGCAAUUUCGUCUUCCCGCUCAUCGAGGAAAAGACGAGCUAUUACAUAUACGCUUGCGAUUUUUCGCCGCGCGCUGUGCAGUUCGUGAAGGCACACCCGUUGUACGACCAGCGCACUAUCACGGCUUUCCAGUGCGACAUCACCAAGGACCGCCUCGUCGAGACAGUUCCCCGCGAAGGCGUCGACGUCGUCACCAUGAUAUUCGUCCUAUCCGCCAUUCAACCCGAUAAAAUGAGCGAAGCGCUGAGGAACGUGCAUGAAACGCUGAAGCCCGGGGGUCUUGUUCUGUUGAGGGACUACGGCUUGUUUGACCAAGCAAUGCUGAGAUUCGCCCCCGGCCACAAAAUAGACGCCAAUUUCUACGUGCGCCAAGAUGGUACGAGGGCCUUCUACUUUUCAGAGCAGUUUCUAGAAAGGCUGUUUUUGGACGCCGGCUACGAAGUAGUGAGCAACGAAUACGUGUGUCGUGAGACUGUAAACAAGAAGGAAGGCAUAUGUGUGCCUCGAAUAUUUGUGCAGGGAAAGUUCAGGAAGCCACGAAACGUAUCGCAAGAAGAAUCUUCAAACGCGGCAAGCAGCUGAUGUGUCAGUGCUUUUGUAGAGAGAGAUAAAUGCGUUAGAGAGUUCAUGUAAUGACUUUUUUAUUGAGUCUUCAUUACAAAGUGCAUGAAGUGAAGUGUGGAUGUGUUAAGUGUAUUUGUUGAUCAACACAAAGUAUGUGAAGACUGAGAAACGUGACACCAUGAAGAUGCGGUGGAACUGCUGUCAGUGUUGAUGUAGGCCGGGUGUUCCCAAACUUUCUGGCCUUGGAGUACCCCACCUGCCUCCCAAGAGUGCCUCGGAAUCACCCCAUUCCACACAAACACACUUACUUUUCCCACUGAUGUGCUUAUCCAUGGCCUCACGAUAACUUUUGUGAUGAAUGAAUUGAACAGCUUAAAUAUGAGAACAAGUGCACGAAAUUAUUGAAUAAUUUAUACAGGAUAAUAAUCCACCCAAGGGGGGAUGGGGUUGAAUUCGUUUUGGCCAUGGGAAGUCCUGGUGUAAACAAAAAGGGUGCUCAUCUCCACUGCAUGGGCAACCCAAAUGAGCUCACUGGCAAAAUUUUGCAUUGGCAACUUCACUGGUCUGUGCAUCUAUUACAUAAAACUAUUAUA